AUGGCUUCGUCUCUGCUACUGUCAGCAGCUCUGCUGCUACCCGCAGUCCGCGGGCAGUUCUCAUAUGUUCAGCCUUUGAACACCACCAUCCUUGGCCAGUAUGGCCAUGUGGAGCCCCACUACCCUACACCAAACGCCACUGGUGCAGGUGGCUGGGAAGAAGCUCUGGCCAAGGCCAAGGCCUUCACAGCCGAGCUCACCAUUGAGGAGAAAGCCAACAUGGUGACUGGCACUCCUGGACCUUGUGUUGGUAACAUCAUUGCCGUCCCUCGUCUCGGUUUCCCUGGCCUCUGCCUCCAGGAUGGUCCUCUGGCCAUCCGUGUCGCAGACUACGCCAGCGUCUUCUCUGCUGGUGUUUCUGUUGCUGCUUCUUGGGACAAGGACAUCCUCUACGAGCGAGGAUAUGCCAUGGGAGAGGAGUUCAGGGGCAAGGGUGCCCACAUCUUCCUUGGACCCGUUGCUUCUCCCAUGGGACGGUCUGCUUAUUCCGGACGUAACUGGGAAGGAUUCUCGCCUGAUGCUUACUUCACCGGUGUUGCGAUGGAGCAGACGAUUCUGGCCGUUCAGGACACUGGCGUCCAAGCCUGUGCCAAGCACUUCAUCGCCAACGAGCAGGAGACUCAGCGUAACCCAACCUGGAACGAGAAUGGCACACUCACCGACGUCUCCUUUGAGGCCAUUUCAUCCAACCUCGAUGACCGCACUCUUCAUGAGCAGUACCUCUGGCCCUUUGCCAACGCAGUCAAGGCCAAGGUUGCUUCCAUGAUGUGCUCGUACCAGCGUAUCAACGGCACAUACGCCUGCCAGCACUCCAAGCUGCAGAACGGCAUUCUCAAGGGCGAGCUCGGCUUCCAGGGUUACGUCAUGUCCGAUUGGGGCGCCGUUCACUCCGGCGUUUCUAGUAUCGAGGGCGGAUUGGAUAUGGACAUGCCUGGUGACCUGGGCAACUAUGGCGCCACUUGGGGCAGCGGCAGCUUCUUCGGAGCCAAUGUUACCACCGCAGUCAACAACGGCACUUUGGACGUCUCCCGUGUCGAUGACAUGAUUGUCCGCAUCAUGACACCCUACUACUUCCUCGGUCAGGACUCAGAGGAAUUCCCCACCGUUGACCCCUCCGGUGGCUACCUGAACACCUUCUCACCAAUGUCAAGCUGGAGGGAGGAGUUCAACCUGACUGGCGAGUCCAGCCGUGACGUGCGUGGCAACCACAGCGCCCUGAUCCGCAAGCACGGUGCAGCUGGUACCGUACUCCUGAAGAACGAGGGUGCUCUGCCCCUCAAGGCACCCAAGAACAUCGUCGUCUUCGGCAACGACGCCGGCGACGUGACCAACGGCCUGUACGGAGACAACACUGAGGAAUACGGCACUCUUUUCGCUGGCGGCGGCUCUGGAACAGGCCGCGCCACCUACAUCGUCAGCCCUCUCGAGGCCAUCAAGGCUCGCGCAGCCCAAGAUGGCGGUCUGGUGCAGUACGUCCUGAACAACACCUUCGUCAUUAACAACCUGGCCAGCUCUGGUGAGUCCGGUGCCCUCGGCGGCGUGCUUCUGAUCCCCAAGGCCCCCGACGUCUGCAUCGUCCUCGUCAAGACGUGGGCCGAGGAGGCUGCCGACCGCACGACCUUUGCCCUGGACUACCAAGGCGCCGAGCUUGUCGACGCGGUAGCCAGCACGUGCAACAACACCGUCGUCGUCUCCCACUCAUCGGGCAUCAACAUGCUGCCCUUCGCCGACCACCCCAACGUGACCGCCAUCCUGGCUGCGCACUACCCUGGUCAGGAGACCGGCAACUCGCUCGUGGACAUCCUCUACGGCGACGUCAACCCAUCUGGCCACUUGCCAUACACCAUCGCCUUCAACGAGACCGACUACAACGCGCCCGUCACCACCUCUAUCCAGACCGAUGGCCCCGAGGACUGGCAGUCGUACUUUGACGAGAAGCUCGAGAUCGACUACAAGUACUUUGACGCGAACAACAUCAGCGUGCGCUACGAGUUCGGCUUCGGUCUCAGCUACACCACCUUCGAGCUGGCCGAUAUCGCCGCGGAACCCGCCGCCGCCGACAUCACCUCCGAGCCCGAGGAGAACGAGAUCCAGCCCGGCGGCAACCCCGCCCUGUGGGAGACCGUCUACAACGUCACCGUCGCCGUUAGCAACACCGGUGACCUCGAGGGCGCCGCCGUGCCCCAGCUGUACGUCGGCUUCCCCACGGACAACGCCGCCCUGGCCGGCACCCCGCCAAGGCAGCUGCGUGGCUUCGAGAAGGUGGCUCUGGCUGUUGGCGAGACCAAGACUGUCAGCUUCGAGCUGAUGAGGAGGGACCUGAGCUACUGGGACAUUGUUAGCCAGGAGUGGCUGAUCCCCGAGGGCGAGUUCACCCUCAAUGUUGGAUUCAGCAGCCGAGACCUGAGGGUCUCUACGAACAUUACGCCCAUUUCUGCUUAA